UGGCUAGUGGGGCGCGAGUCACAGCCAGGGCUCCGCGGUUGGGUUGGGGUGAUAACGGUGGACACGCGAUGUGGGUUUCGUUGGGAUGUAGAGGUUGCAGAGGAGGUGAGGGAGAAGUGUCAGUGCGAGCUAGGGCUGUGGUGUAGGCACGAAGAUGGAGUCUCACGGUGGCUCCGGAAGCGAGGUGGAGAGACCCAUGGCCAAGGUCGAAGUGGUGGUGAAAUGGGUUGCUCACGGGAGGUUGGUCGAAGGGUGCUGAUGCGACUGCAGCUAGGGUUCAUGGCAAAGGCUGGGAGGCAGAGGGAGUUAUGGCUGGAAAGUGGAGGUCGUGGUUGA